AUGGCGAGACAGUUUUCGACCGAAACUCAUUCUCGAUUCUCCUACUGUUUUGCACCUAUUACCGGCGCAUUACCCCCUCCGCUUGUUCUAAGGUUCGGAGAAGACGUUCCAAAGUUCCCUCCAGGACACCUUCAAUCAACAUUGAUCGUGCAACCACCGACACAAAACAAAUAUUUUUACUACUUACAAUUGUUGGAUAUAAGUGUGGCCAAUUAUCGUAUCGGAUUUCCUCCGUCUACUUUUCAGUUCAGGGCAGGCGGUGCCGGUGGUAUUUUAAUAGACUCCGGAGCUUUGUUCACUUUCAUCGACGCCGGGACAAUCGGAGUGAAUGCAUACGAGAGAGUAAUGCAAGUGUUUAAUGCUUAUUAUGGGUCGAAACAGCUUCAAAGACGACCCAAAGAGCAAGGAGGAUUCGAUUUGUGUUAUGACCAACCAAGUUUUUAUAAUGAUUUUGCAUCUUUAACGUUCCAUUUCAAUGGAGCCGAUUACAACGUUAAUGGAAGAUACGUUAAUGUGUUCAGGCGAGGGUAUUUCUGCGUGGGAGUACUAAGGGGAGUCUCCUCAUCUAUACUUGGAGCAUGGCAUCAACAAAAUAAACGUAUUAUCCAUGAUGAAUUGUUUGGUGAACUUCAGUUUGCUGAUGAGAUUUGUGCCAAUGAUGUUGCCUGA